UCGAAACAGGACCCUUCAGUCCACAGGCCAACGCCCUAUGCACUGAGCCAAACCAGCCAGGGCCCUAGUUACUUUUUUUAUUAGGAUACUAGGGUCAUCCUCCUCUGAUAGCAGCUAAAACUGGCUCGGCAGAUCUGGUUAACCUGUCAGGUUUCCUCUUCUUUCCUCCUCAACUCAUUUGUGUUCUUCACCCAAGAAGAAACCUAUCCAAGCAACCUGGGCAUUUUCCCAUCAAAGCCACCCCAAUCAUCGUUCUUUCCACUGGGAACUGCAAACCACUCAUGUCAAUGGAGUUCCAAGAAUGUAAUAGUUUUCAAUGGUAAUACCUCCAAUGCUUUCUAAAAUAAAGCCCCCAGUGAAAUCAGGAAUGAUCUUGACUUCCUAAAACUGUGGUCAAGGUCUUUGCUCAGAGGCUGGAGAACCGUCGCUCAGCCUCCAAGAAUUUCCUCUGACCCCAUCUCUACCACAUCGUUCGACGGUGGUUUGUUUUACUUCUGAGGUUUCUGGCUUCCUAGCACUCUGGGGUCUCAUUUGGUGAUACCAACCAAAACCUAAUACGGUUUUUAUUGUUAUGUUUCUUCCUGAUGUGUACCAUUGGUUAGAUCAAAGAUGAGAAGAUUAAAAAGGACAAAGAGCCCAGAGAAGAAGUGAAGAGCUUCCUGGAUGGAAAGAAGGGGUUUACAGAAGUGAAGUCGCAGAAUGGAGAAUUCAUGACCCACAAGCUUAAACACACGGAGAAUACCUUCAGCCGCUCAGGAGGGAGGGCCAGCGAGGCCAAGGAGGCGGAAGGGGCUCCCCAAGUGGAGGCUGGCAAGCGCCUGGAAGAGCUGCGCCGCCGUCGUGGGGAAACUGAGAGCGAAGAGUUCGAGAAGCUCAAACAGAAGCAACAAGAGGCAGCCCUGGAGCUGGAGGAGCUGAAGAAAAAGAGGGAGGAGCGAAGGAAGGUCCUGGAGGAGGAAGAGCAGAGGAGGAAGCAGGAGGAAGCAGAGCGAAAAGUCAGAGAGGAGGUAAGGAGAGCGCAGCCCGCCCAGCCAUCGGCACCCCAACUCACUCCAGCCCCUGAAUGCCUAUCUCUGGUGACCCUUCUGGCCCAGAGGACAAUUUCUUCCCUGGUGAAAUGA